AUGGAAACGUUGACAACAUUUAGAGUGUUACCUUUUAAGGUGACACCCCGAACUACUGCAUCCUACAAAUCAGGAGAGAUGUUGACGUGCCAGUGUUCUGACUACAAGAUUGGUACCACUGUGAAUGUCACCACCAAGAAUACACCUACCAAUAUCCCUACAGUCUGUAAAGCCUCCAUGGGAAUGGAGAGCAAACAAAUCCGUAAUGAAAUGAUCACCACCUCCAGUUUCCGUGAUGCCUAUAGCAGCCCAGAGAAGGCCCGACUUAACACUAAUGGAUUCUGGAGGCCGGCUAUUGACACAAAGUCUGAGUACCUACAGAUUGACUUCCUACAGCAGGCUUACUUAACUGGUGUCACCACCCAGGGCCGCCCUGACGCUCCAACUUAUAUUUUCAGUGGAAACUUUGAUUCCUCCACCCCAGUGACGUAUUACUUCACUAGUCCACUUCACGCCCGAUUCUUAAGAAUCCUUCCACAGACAUGGCAAGGAAAAAUAGCACUAAGAUUCGAAGUCAUUGGCUGUCCUGUGACCUAUCCCACAACCACCCCACCACCCACUCCAAAGCCUACGACUGUUGCACUGACACCAGCCCUGAAACCUGGAGUGACUUCUACCAUUAGAGAAUCUUGCGUCCAGUACGAUACCUGGGUUAAUGUGGGUCACAACACACCUGGGUCUACAGGUGACAGAGAACCAAUUGACAAGGUGAAAGAGCUGUCACUCAACUGUCAGAAUCCACUCAAGAUCCAGUGUCAGACCGUAGGGGGCGUGGCCUAUGACCAGACAGGACAGAUUGUCAGCUGUAACCUGUGGGAGGGUCUGACCUGCAACAACAUGGACCAGUUUGACCCCACAGGCUGUUUGGACUACAGGGUCCGACUGGGUUGUUUGAAGCAGACUCGAGAGUGUGUUCCGAUGCCCAACAACAACUUACAUAAAACAGUGGCACCCGUUUUGAACCCUCACGUGGUUCCAUGCUUUGAGGGACUAGACACCUCCCAAUGUCCGAACUGUUCUGCUGGUCUCUACUGUGAUGGAAUGAGAUGUGUGAAGAAAGCUGACUGUACAUGUCAAUACAAUAACAAGAUUAUCAUGAAAUCGGACAUUGUCACAACAGACAUGUGUGAAACAUGUCAGAUCUACAGUGGUGAACUAAGAUGUGUUCCCAAGAGUUGCCCACCUUGUUCUGCUGGUGAAACAAAAGUAGUCAACAUGACUAGCUGUAGCUGUUCUUGCAAGUCUUGUGAUGCCAACCAAUUCAGAUGUGGAAAUGGACAGUGCAUUUCAGCAUCCUCCAAGUGUGAUGGUGUCAUCGAUUGCGACAACGAUGAAGUUGGAUGCUUGGUACAACCUCAUUUCACACCCCCUUCUAUCCCCACACUGUCACCAGUUCCCGGCUCUCAUGUGGUGCCAGUCCACCAGUCAACACCAUUCCAUGACGGCCAUCAAACUCACACCAAACCUCAAACUUGUCACUCUCGCUGGUCAGGCUGGAUGAACUCACACCACCCUGGGGACCCAGGAAGUCAUGGCGAUCAUGAGCCAUCUGCUGCCGAAUUUUCCAAAACCAAUAACUUCUGUACUAGUGGUUCCAUAACAAAGGUUGAGUGUUACUCAGUCUCAAUGGAUGCCCCCGCUGAGUCCUCGGGCGAGAUCCUGACCUGUACCCCUGACAGGGGACUCAUUUGUGACGACUCGGACAAUUUCCCCAUUCCUUGCGGAGAUUACAAGAUCAGAUACUUCUGCGCAUGUGCUAACAAUACCUCAGUUGUUUCCCCUGUCACAACACCAGCCCCUCAACCUUCUUGUGAUUCUGUCCACUGCCAAGCUCUGGUCAAACCUCCCAUGAUGCCAGGGGAGGUGGCCCGUGUCGUGAAGACCGCUGACGGCUGCUGUGAUAAGUAUGAGUUGGUCUGUAAGCCAGAAACCUGUACUAUCCACCCUCUGACUUGUACCCCUCCCCAGCUGAUGAAAAACAUCAACCCAGGGGAAUGCUGUCCAACAUUCCAGUGUGAAUGUCCAGCAGUGUGCCCAACUGCAGUUAAACCAACAUGCCAAGUGGGAAAAGUUGCUGUACCUGUAGAUACUACUUGUAAUUGUACCAGUUACACAUGUGUGAGUCGUGUCCCGUUAGACUAUGGACCUGCAGUCUGCUGGUACAAACACUCUAAUGGUUCAAGCCUUUCCUUCAAGGUGAAUGAAACCUGGACAGACGGAGUAUGUAAAUCCUGUGAAUGUGAGAAAAGACUGGGAGGAAAUGUCGAGACAGUAUGUCACCGAGAGAGAUGUAAAGCCUGCCCUCUGGGUACAACUUUAGACCACAGUGACCCUAACAGCUGCUGUGGUACAUGUAAAGAGACAGGGUGUGUGGUGGAUGGACAUGUUUACAGCGAUGGAGAGGCAAUACCAAACGCAAUGAAAUGCUACACAAAGACUUGUUCAGCAAGUUCAUCUGGCUUCCUCAUAAAGGAGACACAAAUACAAUGUCACACAGACAAUCUCCCAGCAUGCCAAGGGAAUACAACAGAGUAUGACCAAUCAGGUUGCUGUCCUACAUGUGUACUAACACCUACGAGUUCCAACCUUGUAGGUUCCAGCAAUAGCUGUUCAACCUGUCAACCAACUCUACAGUUUACAAACCCAGUAUUGACAAUAGGCUACUUCACUCUGACAGAAGGAACUGUGACAUGCAGAAAUGAGCAACCUGUAGCCGAUCUCAUGCAGUGCUCGGGCCAUUGUGAGUCCCAGGCCACUUAUACAAACGUAUUAAUGAAGGGCUUCACAAAUAAGUGUAAUUGUUGCCAGCCCAUACGAACGGUUACAAGGAGUGCCGUUCUUACGUGUUCUGACAAAUCUACCCGAACCAAAUCGUACACCGUUCCCGAGGUUUGUGGAUGUAGAGCCUGUACCAGUGGAACUUAAUUGGACGAUUACAAUUAAAUCUCAUUUGUCCCACGUUUAUGACCAGUAUUUAGUUUAAUGAACAUAUUUUAUACAAAGACAUUUUUUAUUGAAUAUAUUUUUUUAACUUCUCAUCCUAGUUUGUAUAUAUAUUUUUAUGCUAUUUUGUUGUUGUUCAUCUUCAAUCUCAUGUUAUAUAAAUAAAUGCAACUGUUACAAAUCUUAACGUUUUCCUU